AUGCGCCCCCAUCGCAGCAUCCUAGAAGCCAGGAAGGGCAGCUCGAAGGAGCCCGGGAAGGGCAGCCCGAAGGAGCCCGAUGAGGCCUCGAUCGAGGAAGAGGAGGUGUUGGAGGAAGAGGAGGAAGAGGAGGAAGAGGAGGCGGAAGGGGCACAGGGGAGGGAGGAAGUGGCGAGCCACCAACAAGACAAUCCCGACCAGUUGGUGGACUAUGACGACCUCUGGAAAACCAUGGACAACCGUGAAGGCCUUUCCGACAACGACGACGAAUUUCGUCCUCGUCUAACUAGCGUGGUCACCCCCAGCCUGAGCUCCACACCCCCGCCCAGCGAUCUAACCAGCCCCACGUGGAGCGAGGAGGAGUUACAGCAGCCCAGCGAGGGCUCUUCAGCUUCCAGCAGCAGCAGAGGCGGCGCCUCAUCCCACAGAAGUUAUCCUAAAAUAUUUCAAACAUUUAAGAAAGAGUUGUCUGAAGUGACUGUAGAUAGAGAUAUGUACCCAAGUUUGUAUGAAAGAGUUCAGAUAUCAGUACAAACAGAAGAAAGUUGGCUUCAACAAAUUUCUAAGAAGGAACCGAGUGAGUAUUUUGAUUCCUUAGCUGAGGUGCAACCAGAAAUGCUGGCUUCUAAGCGAAGAGGAACGUGGGUAAUUAAUCCUGAAGAGCCGAAACUAAGUAUUUUAUGUGAGACGGAGUUUCAUGAAGAUUUUGUAAAAUUCUUUGAAUCUCCUCUAAGGACACUAACCAGCAUUGGGCCUCCGCCCUUGCUGUCAUAUAGAAAAGACCUUCCCUAUCUGGACAUUAGCAUCAAGGAUGAAGAAGACCUAGUCCUCAAGUGUGAAUUCUGUGGAAGUGUCCUACGAUCGCUCCUUUCCGAUAUAGACAUUUGCUCUAACAACACUGACACCGAGCACCGGAAGCGUGCCUUCUGUUGUCUUCAGUUACAAAAUCUUCUUGAUUAUAUCAACGAGGAAAGGCUAAACAUCCAAAGUACUAAGACGGACUUAAUCAGUAUCCGUCCUCAUGCAGCCCGUGGCAGUGAUGUCGACAGACUCAAGGCAAAGGAAAAAGCCAUACAGAGAAAACAAGAACGUCAAAUGGCCAGACACUUCGCAAUAGUCUCCCAUGAACCGAGCACCCCGCUAACUGAGGACGAUACAAAGCACUUGAAGACAAUUUCUUACCAGCUUUCUCUGGAUUUGCCGAAAAAGAAGAGCGAUGACGACGAAGAUGAUAUUCUGAUGGGGAACAUCUCCAUCACUUGCUGUGAUUCCAGGAAAAUGUGUGGAAAGAUCGUGAAGAAUGAACUCUUGGAGAAGCACUACAAGCACGGAAGCAAGUUUCUCACCUCCUUUCCAGAUGGGACAACACAAAUAUUCUAUCCAUCUGGAAAUCUGGCCAUUAUCCAGGUGCCCAACAAGACAAAUGGCUUCACUUGUAUUGUCCAAGAAGACGCACCCACCAACCCUGCUAUCCUGGCGGUGCUAGACUCCUCUGGGAGAAGCUCCUGCUAUCACCCUAAUGGAAAUGUCUGGGUCUACAUCAACCUCCUGGGAGGCCAAUAUUCAGACCAAGCUGGCAACAGAAUACGAACUUGGAACUGGUCAAGUUCCAUGCCUUCCUCAUCCUUUGCUUCAUUUAAACCUGUUUUUCUGGCCUUGAACCAUCACAUUGGAAUUCGCAUCUUAGAACAAGACAAGGUCUCCAUUAAUUUUCUAGCAAUGGGCCAACAGGCACGAAUCAGCGUUGGGACCAAAGUAAGGUACUACAAACCAGAGGAGCUCCCAGCCCUGCGGUUCGUGAGUGGAGAUGACCUUCUGCUGCUGGCCAGCUUAAUAAAGAUCCGGCGGCUGUUCCACAAGCUGCGAGGAUGCGUGACUUUCCCCUCGAGUCAGGCAUGGGAAAAAGUAAAGCAACCGACCUACCUUUCUUCGCUCUCUCUAAAACUACUUGCCCUCUGCGAUAGUUCUGGCUUACAGAAUGGUACAAUGGCAACAAUUAUGAAGCUAAUAAAUGAGAUAGAGUAA